AUGAAGAAAUCUUCCGCCGUCACAACACCAACGUUUCUCUUCCUCUGUCUCCUCCUGCUCCUGCCGUUGCUAGCUCGAUCCAACGACGACCUGAUCGACAAAAUAUGCCAAGCCACACCGUUCUGCGACCUCUGCGAAGCCUCUCUCCGUCCUCUCUCUCCCUCGCCUUCCGAUCCCAAAUCAUUAGCCUCCGCAAUGGCCAACGUCGUGCUCGGAAACCUGACUGAUACCUUAGGAUACAUCCAGUCGCUGAUCAAACAUACACACGAACCUGCGGCGGAGCGAGCGCUGGCUCAGUGCGCCGAGCUUUACCGGCCGGUGGUCAAGUUCAAUAUUCCGCAGGCGAUCGAUGCAAUGAGGCGCGGCCAGUUCGGAUUCGCGACGUAUGUGCUCGGAGACGCCGAGAAACAGACUGAUUCUUGCCAGAAAGGGAUCAAUAGUACCGGCGCCAACGAUGAAAGCGCGGUGGCUAUUACGGCUAGGAACAAGCAGGUUAAGAAUCUUUGUGACGUGGCGAUUUCUGUGCUUAAGUCUCUAAUGAAUGGUCGUUAA